UUGAUUCUUAUCAAAUGUUUCCUAGAGUCAUUAUCAUUUACUUUUUUUGUAUUCAUUGAUUAAGGUAUUUUUUUUUAAAUCUAAAGCUAAGUUAAGUUAUACCAUAAAUGUUGCAAUCAUUUAUCAAGUGACAAUUAUAAUGGACGAAAAAUUUGGGGAAAAAUUGGCAUUUGAUCCAGAAUGGCGGGGUCCUUUGAAAAAACGUUCUUGCACCGAUCUACCAUGUCUUUUUAUUUUUAUUAUUUUUCUUUUCUGUUGGGCUGGCAUUGGAUAUUAUGCAUUGACACAUGGUGAUAUUGAGCGUUUAAUGAUGCCAACUGACAGUGAAGGAAGAAAAUGUGGUAUUGACGCUGAAGUGAAAAAUAUGCCGUAUUUAGUAUUUUUUGAUUUAACAAAAUGUAUUUCCAUUUCAACAUCAUGCAAUACUCCUCAAGUUUGUCGAAAUAAAUGUCCAACGGAUAAUUUUAUUUAUAAAUCAAUGAGUAUGCCAAUUAAUGAAAUGAAAUUGAAACUUAUUUGUGAAAUGAAUGUUAAUUUAACGCAAAUUGAUAAUUGGAAUGAUUUGGAUACACUUAUUUUAAAUGAAAAAUGUGCACGAUGGUAUUUGAAUAGUAAAGCAAUAACUGGACGUUGUAUUCCUUUAAAACCAUUAGAGGGAUUUGUUAAUGUUACAAUUAAUGAGGAUAAAUUAAAUUUAGCAAAAAAAGCAAUUGAAGUGUUUGCUGAAAUUGAACGAGUUUUGAGAAAUAUUUACAAUGAUCUUGAAAAAAUUAAAUAUCAAAUUCCAUUAUUCAUUCUUGGCAGUGGAAUAGUGACAAUAAUUUACAUUAUUCUUUUGAGAUGGUUUACAACACCUUUUGUUUGGUUGGCAAUUAUUGGAAUUUGUGCAUCACUCGCUGCUGGAAUUUAUAUUUUUUGUCAAUUAUAUUUUUCGGCGAGUGAUAGUGUGAAAAAAUGGUGGCUUACGCUUACAAUAAUUUGUGGUAUUGCAUUGGGAAUUGUUAUUUUAAUAACAUUUGUUCUUCGUAAAAGAAUUUAUUUGGCCUGUCAACUCAUUGAGGAAUCAAGCAAAGCUGUUGUUUCUGUUCUCUCAAGUCUUUUGUUUCCAAUAUUUCCCUGGAUUUUGAAAAUUCUCACUUUGAUAUUUGCAAUUGUUGUUGCUUUUCAUUUGGCGUCUUUUAAUGAACCAACAUUUAAAUUAAAAAUGAAUAAAGAAAAUUGUAUUUGUCCAAGUGAAUUGAACUAUAAAAAUAAUUCUGAUUGUAAUCCGGAUAUAUUUAAUGAAAAAUGUCGAGAAAAUAAUAAAACUUGCAUUAGCGGUGGAUGUCACUUUGAAGGGAAUCAUAUACCAAAACUUGCAAUUUAUUUAUUAAUUUAUAAUGGUAUUGGCUUUAUUUGGAUGACUUUUUUUAUCACUGAUUUGGGAAAAAUGAUUUUAUCUGCUACAUUUGCAACAUGGUAUUGGACAUUUAAAAAAGAAGAUGUUCCAUUUUUCACUGUCACCAUUAGUAUUUGGCGAACUUUUAGAUAUCAUUUAGGAACAUUAGCAUUUGGUUCAUUGAUAAUAACAAUUUGUAAUUUGAUUCGUGAAAUUUUGGAAGCUAUGAGCAAAAAAUUGAAUACAUAUAAUAAUGAAUUUGCAAAUAUUGCAAUAAUGUGUUGUAAAUGGAAUUUUUGGCUAUUGGAGAAAUUUUUUAAAUUUAUCAAUUCCAAUGCCUAUAUUAUGUGUGCAGUUCAUGGUAAAGGAUUUUAUCACUCGGCAAAGGAAUCAUUUCAUCUUUUAAUGAGAAAUAUGAUUAGAGUUUUUUUACUCACUAAGAUUUCAGAUUGGAUUUUAACAGUAGGUAAAAUAUUUAUAAUAGCUCUUAGCAUAUUUUCUACAUGGUGGUAUUAUACGCAUAGGGAGACUACUCUUAAUUAUUGGGCCGUUCCAGUUAUUAUAGUUGGAAUUGGUGCUUAUAUGCUUACAACAUCAUUUUUUCACGUUCAAACCGCUGCGAUUGAUACACUUUUUCUUUGCUUUCUCGAAGAUUCCGAGCGCAAUGAUGGUUCUUAUGAAAAGCCUUAUUUCAUGAGUCGAUCACUUAAAAAAGUUUUACAUCGACAUUAAUUUUUCAAAUUAAAUUCAUUUACUUUAGAUUAUUCAAAACUAAAUUUCCUUUUUUUUAAAAUUAAUUUAAAUUAAUUUAAUUUAAAAAAAAUUAUUUAUUACAUAGUUAUAGUUAAAAACACAGUUUAAAUUAUUUGAUUUUUAUAUUUUAAAAAUCUUAAGUAAAAAAUAGUUAGUUGAUACACUAAAAUUUCUAAUUAAAAGAUUAAUUAAAACUUAUAAGCAAUUUUUUUUUUAUUAAAAUUGCCAAACAAGAAAAUAUUAAAUUACAUAAAUAAAAAAUAAUUUUUUAAAACUAAUGAAAUGAAGAAAAUAAUUAAUUGUGGAUAAAAAUAAUAAUUAUAAUAAAUAGAAAAUUAAUAAUAUUAUUUUGAAUUUAUUAAAUUUAAAAAAAUUGAAAAUUGUUUUUAAAAAAAUAUCAUAUAUGUUUCAUAGAUAAAGUUAGACACUAAUUAAGAGGAAUUUGGUGCUGUUAAAAUGACGUAUUUAUUUAAUAAUAUAAUAAUACUUUCGUAAUUGUGUGGGAUUACUUUAGUCACAGCUAAAAAUAGAAUACAAAUACCGCAGUGUCUUUAAACUUUAUUCACCGCAUAUUUUUAUAUUUUUACUAUUUUUAAAAAUUUAUUUAAUUCAUAAUAUUUGUAAAUUAAUAUUGAUACUAUUUUUCAAUCAUUUUUUAAAAAGGAAAAUUUAAAUUUUUUAGAAAUAAAAAAUUUCAAUUUUAAUAUUUAAAUAUUCGCGCUAUUUAUUGACUAAAGUGGUACUCGUUGCGCGUGCGCAAUAAGAAAAGUCAGUGAAGGAAAAAUGAACGGGACCGGUGCAGACAAACAUUGUUUCGUCUUCGUAUUUAAUUGAAAAAAAAACCAUUAUUAUGUGCAUUUUUUAAAUAUUCAUUUGUCAAUAAUUAAAGUGUAAAUUGUCAAUAAUA